CCAGACUUUCUGUGCCCGCGGCAUGGCCGGGGUGCCACGGGGAGAGCGCCUCUCCUUCCGCGCCUUCCGGGCCGCCCGGCCCGCCGGGUGCGAGUACGGGUACGGGGACGGAGACGGGCUGAGCGGGCUCCGGGAGCGAGAGUUCCCCCGGCUCCGAGGGAUUACUUACCUUGACCAUGCUGGUUCAGCACUUUUCCCAGAGAGUCUACUUAAAGCUUUUACUGAUGACCUCCGAAACAACGUUUAUGGCAACCCUCAUAGUCAGAAUAUCAGCAGCAAGCUGACAUAUGACACAAUCGAGCAUGUCCGAUACAGAAUAUUGCAACACUUUCACACUACUUCUGAGGAUUACACCAUCAUUUUCACAUCUGGAUGCACAGCUGCGCUUAAACUGAUAGCAGAAUCAUUCCCUUGGAUACCUGAAGGCACAAAGCAACCCAGCAGUCGAUUUUGUUACUUAACUGACAGCCAUACAUCUGUGGUGGGUAUGAGGGGGAUAACUGCAUCAAUGAAUGUCUUGUCUGUUCCAAUAACACCGCAAGAAAUCUUGUUAGCGGAAAGCAGGUUACCAGCUGAAGAACAAAACUGCACAACACCUCAUCUUUUCUCCUAUCCAGCUCAGAGCAAUUUUUCUGGUACCAAAUAUCCCCUUUCAUGGAUACAGGACAUAAAAUCUGGAAAACUCUGCCCCAUCAAAACACCAGGGAAGUGGUUUGUUCUACUAGAUGCAGCUUCGUAUGUGAGCAGUUCUCCAUUAGACCUGGGAGUUCAUCAAGCUGACUUUAUUCCCAUCUCAUUCUAUAAGAUCUUUGGAUUCCCAACUGGUUUAGGAGCAUUAUUGGUAAACAACCGGAUUGCUCCCCUCUUGAGGAAAUCCUAUUUCGGAGGUGGAACUGCAGCUGCCUACCUUGCAGGAGAGGAUUUUUAUUUCCCAAGGAAAUCGAUAGCAGAAAGGUUUGAAGAUGGCACAGUCUCUUUUCUUGAUAUCAUUGCUCUGAAACAUGGAUUUGAUGUUCUGGAAAAACUCACAGGUGGAAUGGAGAAAAUAAAACAGCAUACCUUUACAUUAGCUCACUAUACCUAUACUGUGCUUUCUAACUUAAAAUAUGCCAAUGGGGCUCCUGUAGUUCACAUUUACAGUGAUACAGACUUCAGCAGUCCUGAUGUCCAGGGUCCAAUCAUUAAUUUUAACGUGCUCAAUGAAAACGGAGAAGUGCUCGGCUUUUCACAGGUGGACAAGAUGGCCAGUCUCCACAACAUACAUGUCCGCACGGGUUGCUUCUGUAACACAGGAGCCUGCCAGAUGCAUUUGGAUAUAAGCAAUGAGGACAUCCGAAGGAACCUGCAGGCUGGCCAUGUCUGUGGAGAUGAUAUAGACCUAGUUGAUGGACGUCCCACUGGUUCUGUGAGAAUAUCCUUUGGCUACAUGUCUUCUUUUGAAGAUGCACAGACCUUUUUGAAUUUUAUCAUAGCCACCAGACUUUCCAAAUCGGACACUGAGACUCCUUUCAAGUCUGUUACAAAGCUGACAAUAGAGUCUGUUCCAGAUGACCUCCCUUGCUUUAACAAUGCAGACAAAUUGUCUCCAAUACUACAAAUCUCAGAUGGAGAACUCAGGAGUAAUCUGUCUGCGACAAAGACAACUGUCAACUGGCAGCCACUGGAGACUGAGGCUGAAAGCAUAAGGGCAGCUGUUUCUGAGACUGCAGUGCCAACAUGUAGGAAAGGUGGCAAGCCCAUCACUGUUGCCAGCAUUUACCUCUACCCAAUCAAAUCCUGCUCUGCAUUUGAGGUUACAGAAUGGCCAGUAGGAAAUCAGGGUUUGUUGUACGACCGAAACUGGAUGGUUGUAAACCAGAAUGGAGUCUGUAUGACUCAGAAGCAGGAGCCAAGAUUGUGUCUUAUAAAUCCCUCGAUUGAUCUGAAGCAAAAAAUUAUGGUUAUUCAGGCAGAAGGCAUGGACCCAGUAUCUGUAUCACUAGAAGACAAUACUGAAAAAGAGGCUGUGGUUUGUGAGAGUAAAGUCUGUUCACACAGGGUAAAAACAUAUGACUGUGGAGAAAGAAUUGCUGGCUGGUUCUCUAGGUUUCUUGGUCGUCCAUGUCACUUGAUAAGACAAAGUUCAGACAUGAAAAGCAAGUCACAUCAGAAAAAUACAAAAGGUCUGUCAUCUGCUAAAAACAUCUCACUCUCUCUCGUGAAUGAAGCACAAUACCUCCUGAUAAACGUGGCAAGCAUUCUGCAGCUGAAAGAACACAUUUCUGCAAGAUUGGAAAAGCCAUUGGAAAUAGAGGAAUUAAUCCAGCGCUUCCGUGCCAACAUUGUCGUCAGUGCACCAGAGUCCUUUGAGGAAGAAGAGUGGGCUGAAAUUUCAAUAGGUGCCCUGCAAUUCCAGGUUGUGGGUCCAUGUAGCAGAUGUCAAAUAAUAUGCAUUGAUCAACAGUCUGGGGAACGAAACAAAGAAAUUCUGCAGUCUCUGUCUGCUGCCAGAGGCAGAAAGACAAACUUCGGCAUAUACCUGAUGAACCAGCCCUUGCACUCAUCCUUUUCAGACGUUUUAUCAGUUGGGUCUCAAGUACUGCCAGUGCUGAAGGAGAAUACAGAAAUUCAGCCUCCAACAUCCAGUGAAGAAAAAUGUUCAGGAUAGAUUCUCUGGUGGAGACAAAAUGUUUAUGCAACUUCAGGGAAAAGUCAGUAGUCAGUUACUCUAGAAAAAAAAAAAAAAAAGAAAAAGCUUCCACUCAUUUGCUUCUGGUUUAAGUCUUUUAAUUUCUGUUUGCUGUAAAUGUUAUCAGAUGGCAAAACUUUUGAUAAUUACAGCUCACCUACAUGUUUUUGCUUGUGAUUAGGUUACGGCAGCCUCUGUUUUGCACAAUUGCUUCAGGAUGCAACAGGUUUGAUCAAGUUUUACUGGUGGAUGACUCCCAAAACAAGCCCAGCUUCAUUGUCAGAAAGCCACAUCUCAGUGAAGGAAAGUAAAUACAACAAUACACUACUUCCUUAUGCUGCUUUGUUAAAACCACAAUGAGGAGAGAGGAUGCAAGACAUAUUUUAGAGACAAUGUGGGUGGGAAGGAACAGUGGGAGAGCGGUGUGAGAGUAGCAGUGCGUUCACCUUUUCAAAAAGGAAACUGAAGGUGAUGUGUAGACAGUAUGAAAGCACCGGAAAAGAGGGAAUUAUUGGGAAACCUGUGUCUCCUCCUUCAGAAGUGAUGUGUGAGGAUGUCAACAAGGCUCAAAGAUCAAUGAAGAUUCAGGAUGCCAUUUGCAAAACACAUUCCUGAUGCAGGAAUUCCAUACAUUUGUUCUCAACUUAUUUCUCUCAUUUCCAUUUGUUCCUUUUCCUUCUGAUUUAUUCUAUGUGAUGACUUCCCUGGGGGUUUUUUUGUGUCCUUGCCCCUGGAAGGGGGCUGGGAGGUAAAUGAUCUGUUAAGUUCCCUUUCAACCCAAACCAUUCCAUGAUUCUGUGAUUCUACGAUCCCUCCACUCUUGUUUUCUUACAUAUUUGUGGAUGUUGACACAUUAUUUCUAAUUAGAGAUUUUUCAACCAAAACAGUAAUUUUCUAUACGAACUUUGUUUAUCCUGAGCAGUCUCUACUGGCCACUUAAGGGAACUCUUAAAAGUUUGGAUGCUUCUCCAUCAUGAAUAGCUCGAAGUAUUCUUUUUUCUUACUCUUGGUUCAUUUGAUAGUGCCCUCUUUAGAAGGCUCUUGAAAGCUCCUAAAUAAGACUCAUGCUUUCUGAUUUCUGAGAGCAAAUGUCUGAAAUCUAAGACUUAGUCUGGAAUAUUGAUUAUUGUGAAAAUUAAAAAAAUAAAUAAGGGAAGGCACAGAGCAAAAAAACCCACAUUGAAAGUAAAAAAAAAAAAAAAGUAAUGUAAGCCUGAAUACAUUGAGGCCAGCUGUUUUAUGACCCUCAGCAUGCAUCCAGCCAGCCAUGGGAUGAUUUUGUGCUUCCAGGAAGUCCUUCUGGAAGAAAAAAUUCUCCUAAAUUGGCUGCGCUCUUGCCAUUUGGGAAGUGAAAUUUUGACCCCAUUAAAAGCACCUUCAGAACUCUCAUCCAAGAUUUAGAACUUCCUUGGGGCAGUUUUGGCUCCAGCUAUGUGAAACUGCUUCUGGCUGAAACAGUCCUUGAGUUGUUUGAGCAUAUCCCUGGAGGGAGGCAGGUGGCUUUGUGAAAAAGUUGGUCAAACAGUCAUUCUGAAAGGGGGGUGACAACUACCACAGAGCAGUGUACAAUGGGAAAAGGGAAGCACAAAUCAGAAUUCAAAAAUGGUCCUUCUUCUUUCUCUCUCUUUUUUUUUUAAUAUAAUGGUUUCUUCUUUCUUUUGUUCUUUUGAAGAACUUGUUUUACUCACUUGAGCUGGAACAGUCUCUCAGUAGAGCUUUGUAGUGGAAAUGAGAAGAGACAUUAUCAGUUUCUUACCAUCUACCAUAAAGUACAUGGAAAGAGAGAGGUUUUUCAUAUGUAUGUAAACUGAGGAUCAAUUUUCAGAGUUGUACCUUCUACUUCAGAGCCCAAGGUCUGGUCCUUGAUGUCUGCUUUGAAAAGCAGGAGUUUUAUCUGUCUAAUAGUCAAUUAUUUGAGGUUGUAAUGAGCAGGCUUUUUGGAACGUUGAAAAGCAGUUUCCUGGUAUCUAAAUGUCUUAACUGUUUCACUCUUUGCCUUUCUGUUAUGCAGAAUAUUGCCUUGUUGGAUAGAAAGCCAGCUCAGCAUUGACAGAUUUAAUAUGAAGAGACCUGUUGUAUGCUGACCUUCAGGUGAUCUCUGGUGCUUUACUCUGUCCUCUUCACCUCACCACUAUGCCAUUUAUUUAAAAUGACACAGAAGUUAGAAGAGGAAAUUGAAAGCAAACCUCAACAAGCUCUGUUUCACUUGUUAUUUGAUUUACUACAAAAUAAGUCACUUUGGCACACAGUGGCUUGACAAAUACUGUUUGUGAAUAGCUGUAAUGCAAUGUAUGAUAACUACGGAUGAGAGGAUUUGAACUUUAAAAAUGUCAUGCUUGGUCAUUUUGACCUAUUAUUUACAGGCAAUUACACAUUCUCUCUGCUGUAGCUUAGUAAUAUUAGAUUAAGAAUAAUUUUGCCAUUUUAUAGGAGGAAAAGAAAGAUUUGCUCUGGUGUAUGAACAUACUCAUUAGUAUAGACUGUGCAUUUCCCAGAAGGAACAUUCUUGUGGUACAGUGAUAGGAAAUGUCACAAUGCUUCAGAUUGAUGGAAGAUGCAUAAGGAAUCUUUCAUCUCAGCAAAGAAUAAUAUUUCCCUUCUAGUAAGUGGAGUGUUCCUGCCAGUAUUGAUAUGUCUUUCCAUCAAUGAAGACAAAUUCUUCUCAGUGCCAAAACUCAGUGGAAAAUCUUGAAAUAGGAAGAGUAAAUUCUAAAUGACAUGCACUGUAAGUUUGUAGAAAGAACAUCCCUCCCAUCAUGUGAAAUAAAUUUCAAAGAAAGAAGAAAUUUAACAUACUGCAACCCCAGGUAGUGCAGGUACAAAAAGGGCAUAAACACUUUGAAACACUGUAUAGAAGGAUUAUAUGUUCUAUAUGGAUUUAUUUCUUAACCUUCCAAGUAUAUAGAAAAAAAGAUCAUUUCAUAUGAAUGCAGGCUCUUUCAUCUAAAUACUCCAAUUACUGCAAAAUUAAGUCUUUGGACUAAUUGCAGAUAUAUGUUUGCCUUCUAUGGAUAAUAAAUGUACUUAAUACACUAUUUCCAGAGUACUGUAUGUAGAAAAUCCUCUAUAUAUUUGAAAACCAAAUCCAUAUUUCCUUGCAAUGAAUUAUUCAAACACAUUUUAUUCUCUGUGGGACUUAUCUCCUUCUCAAAUAUCAAGGCAAAAAUAGUGAUUAUUACAAGCUCUAAUAAUAGCCAGGAGGCUGAAAUCACAAAACAGAAGUCAGUAUUUUUAGGAGAAGCUUCUGAGCUCUGUGUUCUCUGAUAUGACUUAGAUAUUUCAGAUACAGUUUAUGAUUUAUAUACUUUCAAUGGCUUCUUUCAAAGUAUGGCCAAAAUUUUAGGUCAUCCUUCCCUCAAAAUUAUACACAAAUCAAAAUAAAGGACUGCAUAAAAAAUGUGAUUAUUCCUCAUAAAUUGUAGAGAUUAUGCUAUGCAACUCAUCUUCAAUCUAGUUUUUAACUAUCUUUGAAAUGAAACCAAUAAAAUAC